GAAUUGUAUCGUUUGGAGAGCGGACCCUCAGAGAAAAUGACAAUGAACGAAGAAGAAGCAACUUACGCGUUGAAAACGAUGAUCUACAUCAGACGAAUGGAAAACAAGGCGGCGGAAUUAUAUAGAUUGCGCUUGAUCAACGGUUUCCUUCAUUUAUAUUCUGGUCAGGAAGCAGUAGCCGUUGGUACAAAGAUGUCGAUAAUGGAAAAGGACAGUUUGAUCACAGCUUACCGAUGUCAUGGUUUCGCAGUGGUAUUCGGUAUAUCGGCACGAGAAAUAUUCGCGGAGUUGAUGGGUCGUAAGACUGGAAUUUCGAAAGGAAAAGGUGGAUCUAUGCACAUGUACGGGAAUCAAUUUUUCGGAGGCGAUGGAAUCGUCGGCGGUCAGAUACCGGUUGGCGCUGGGUUAGGAUUCGCUCAAAAAUACAACGGCACGGGUGGAGUUGCUUGGGCAUUUUAUGGGGAUGGUGCUGCGUCUCAGGGUCAAAUCUACGAAGCAUACAACCUGUCGAAAUUAUGGAAUCUGCCGGUGGUAUUUGUAUGCGAAAAUAAUAAGUACGCGAUGGGAACGGUAGUGCAGAGGCAUUCGGCUAACACCAACUUCUACACGCGAGGAGAUCUAAUUCCAGGGGUGAAGGUAGAUGGCAUGAGAGUGAUGGAUGUUCGCGAAGCUGUGAAAUUUGCUAGAGACUACGCUCUCAGGAACGGUCCGAUUCUUCUUGAGAUGGUCACCUAUCGAUACUUUGGUCACAGCAUGAGCGAUCCUGGUACCUCUUAUCGUACCAGAGACGAAGUGAAGAAAAUACAAGCUGAACGAGAUCCUAUCGAGUUAUUGACCAAACUGCUCGUCGAGAAUGGUGUGAAAACCGAAGCGGAAAUUCUUGAAAUUAGAAAAAACACGUACAAAGCAGUGGACACGGAAAUGGAACAAGCUAAAGCUGACCCGUACCCGGAAAUGUCGGAAAUCGCAACGGAUGUUUACGUGAAACCACUGGAAAAAACGCGCGGCAAAGCACCUUGGGAAACUCAUUAAAAACGGAAUCAAAUUUUUCCUCUAUACCCUUCUUUGUACUGAUUCUAAAUUUAUCAGUAAAAUAAAAUAAUAUCGAAUCGAA